UACUAUCCAUUAAUUGUCAAUUCGAGUUUCUCAUCGAUAAACUAUCGGAUUUGGUUGAUGUCGACCACGAGGACAGAGCUAUUCCAAAAACCUUACAUUCAAAUAUUCCAAGUGCAUUUCGUUCGUUAUGCACAAAUGCAGCGAAGCAAGCAAAAACUCUGAUCAGCUGUCUCUGAAGUCAUUCCAAGAGGUUAUGUUUAUAUUUGACUAAUUUUCUGUACACAUCAGUGGACCUGGUACGUUAGAAAUGGUAAUCGCUAUUGGAUUCGAAGGAAGUGCCAACAAACUUGGAAUAGGAAUUAUCAAGGAUGGUGAAGUCCUGGCCAAUGUGCGCAAAACCUACAUCACACCCCCAGGCGAGGGAUUUCUGCCUAAAGAAACUGCCGAGCAUCAUCGUUCCAAAAUUUUGGAUCUCUUGAAAGAAGCUCUCUCCGUGGCCAAGAUAUCCCCAGACGUAAUCGAUGUUGUUUGCUAUACAAAAGGACCUGGAAUGGCACCGCCGUUACUAACUGUGGCGAUUGUUGCACGUACCAUCGCCCAAAUAUGGAAUAAACCUAUUUUGGGAGUGAAUCACUGCAUCGGACACAUAGAAAUGGGCAGGUUUAUUACGAAGGCUCAGAAUCCGACUGUACUGUACGUAAGUGGCGGUAACACGCAAGUUAUCGCAUAUUCAAUGAAACGCUACAGGAUCUUCGGCGAAACAAUCGAUAUAGCAGUUGGGAACUGCCUAGAUCGAUUUGCGAGGAUUAUAAAGUUAUCGAAUGAUCCAAGUCCUGGAUAUAAUAUCGAACAAAUGGCUAAGAAAGGCGAAAAGUUUCUGAAGUUGCCUUACACCGUGAAAGGCAUGGACGUCAGCUUUUCGGGGAUCCUCUCAUUCAUCGAAAAGGAAGCAAAUCCAGCCAAAUUUAAAAAGAAUAUCAAGAAAACAAUUGACGAAAAGGAUAAAUUGACUGACGCCGAUCUUUGUUUUUCCCUGCAAGAGACCUUGUUCGCGAUGUUGGUAGAAACAACAGAGCGUGCAAUGGCUCACUGCGGCUCUGAGGAGGUGUUGAUUGUGGGUGGAGUUGGUUGCAAUGAACGGCUUCAAGAAAUGAUGCGAAUCAUGUGCGAAGAACGCGGUGGAAAAUUAUUUGCAACAGACGAAAGAUUUUGCAUCGACAACGGGCUCAUGAUCGCCCAUGCCGGAGCUGAGAUGUUUAAAUCGGGGACGAGGAUGUCAUGGAACGAUGCAACCGUCACACAGAGGUACCGCACUGACGAGGUGCUGGUAACCUGGCGGGAUGAUUAAUAAAACGCACUAUUUUACUUCUAAA